GCAAAGGCCAAAGGAGCCCCCCUUCCGCGGCUUGCCGGAGACGGCGAAUUGGAGAGCGCAAAACGGAGAGAGAGGGUCUCUUUUGCCAUCUUACAGGCGGGGCCCGCUUGAAUUCCCGGUUUUGCCCCUGCCAAGUCAAUUGACCAGGAGAGGGACGCGUUCGUGUUCCCUGCUCUUCGUCGACGCCGACGGGGGGUCUCCACGGCGACAUACCGGCGGACGGCGGCGGAUCCCUCCCGGUGAAGGCGACGUUGUUACAUUUGCAAAUGUCAAAUUCUGUCAUGAAUACCACUCAGAAAGUUGAUCCAACGGAACCAGCUGCUAAGAUUGCUCAGCAAGCCUCACAGUUCAAACGAUGGGGACGCAAGCAUCCAUUUGUUCGAUAUGGCCUUCCGCUCAUUUCUUUGACAGUGUUUGGUGCGGUUGGUCUAGCUCAUCUCAUACAGGGAAGCAAAGAAGUAACAAAGGAAAAGGAGGACAUGGAAUGGGAGGUCGUAGAGAAAACAAAAGCUCUGAGCCGAACAGGACCAGUGGAAGGGGCUUAUAAGCCUAAGAAGCUCUCGCUAGAGGACGAACUGAAGGCUUUGCAGCAAAAGGUGGACAUAAACAGCUACGACUACAAGAGAAUUCCCAAACAAAAUGAAAACAAGUGAAGUAAAGCACUGUUUAUCAUGCUAAGGGGUGGGGGAUUUUCUUAAAAUCCUUGAAGUAGUUUCUUGGUCCUGUUUCUUCAUGAGUUCCUUGGGAUGUUGUCCAAGUGUCAAAAUGAGAUUGCGGAGACAUUAUCAUCAGAACUCUGUGCUUCGUCAGCCAUUAGCAGUAGAGAGUUAGUCGAGGAUCCUUGUGAAGGCUUGAACCGUAGGAAUAAUCUUUGUAGCCAUGGCCGAUGGGAGAUAGGCAUUUUCACGGUCCACCAAGUGAGUCUUUUUUUAGUUGAUCGAAUACUGCCUUCUUUACCAUGGGGCCAAUAAAUUGUAGGUAACACAGUACUCUGACGUGCGAGCAAUCAAAUUUUGUAUGCCAUUUCUUGGAAGCUAA